AAUCCUGGACCCAUCACAUGGUUUGUUUGUUUGUUUCAGCGUCACCCUAUCGCGCCUUCCAAGUCCGGGUCGGGCAGUUAACCAGAUCCACUUCCUUAUGUAUACAUCGUAUCACUCUUGAUUUCGGAUCACCAUCCACAACCGUAGAUCUCUCGCAGCCUGAUGGAUUACAGAAACCGUUACCUGUAACGCUCCAAACAAAAGGUGUCAUGAACAAACGCAACAUUCGAAAGGAAGAGCUUCUAGAGGCCGAGGUAAAACGAUUAAGAGAAGAGCUCAAGAAGGCUAAUCUGGAGAAAAGCAAAAUUAACUCCGAGUAUGAAAAGUUAACUACAAUUUGCCGAUCACAAAGACAACAGUUACACACGAUUAAACAAGCUCUUUCUUCUACUACCAUACCUGGAAUUCAACCGCAGGGUCCGGGAUUGUUUAACAAGAGUUCGUCAAGCCCAGAUCACAGCUCAUGGCAGGCCUUUCCCGAAGAUCACAACUCUACGCCUGUUGGAACAACCAACAGCCACCAGAACAGGUCAGUAGCCGCCAGAUCUCCGAUAACCUCACCCGUCAUCAACUUGAACCAGUCUCAGCAGUUUGGUGGAUUGGAGAGCAAUGAAAGAAACAUGACGUCUCAACCUCCUGGAUGGGCUGCCUUCUAGUUGAUCCUUCAUUACUCUAGGUGUUCGUGUCGAGUUUGGUUACAAUAAUUGGUUUUGGCUGUUGCAUUUUGAGUUCUGACUCAUAUGAUUGAUGUAGAUUUGAACUUUUUAGGCAAUUAUCAAACGUCUCGAGCAUACUAAUGUGGUUAUUGGUCUAA